UUAAGUUCUCAGAAUGAGAACCAAGGUUCUCAUGAAAACCUAGGUUCUCAUUUGAAAACUUGGGUUCUUGAAGCCAUGUGCAAUCUUCAAGCGAGAACCUAGGUUCACAUUCUGAGAACCUAGGUUCUCAUUCUUAGAACCAAGGUUCUCAUGAGAAACCUAGUUUCUUGGGAUUAUGCGUCGAACCGCUUGCCAUAUCCGUUCACAAUAGCGCCAUUGCCCUGCGGUGUGACGUCAGCAAAAGUGGGUGAUCACGUGACUAUCCCUUGCACAGGAUAUUUCGGUUGCGAUCAAGAUGACGUCAGAAUGGUGACAUGGUUCAUGAAAGCCAAGGCUAGCGAUUAUAGCUCGUGGACAGAAGUUCCUGCAGCAGACGACAGAAUCACGCAAACACAGAUCGACAACCAUGACGGCGUCUUGGCGUCAAAUAUGACCGUCUCCAACGUCGAAGUUCGGGACGCAGAUCUUGAGUUUAUUUGCAUCCUCUUCUCUGACCAGUAUUUGGAGGGUCAGACGAAAGUGGUCACAUCACUCUACGUCGUAAAUGAAAAGAAGACAGGGGCGGACGCAUCGAUGUUUCUUCCGGUGAUAAUCAUUCCUGCAGCAGCAGCGUCCGUUGUCUUGGUGACGUUACUAGCAAUGUGUUUAUGUCACCUAAAAGCGAGGCGGAACUUAAAAUCUGCGUCAGACGGAAACGUUAGUGACGCCACGCGGUUCAUUCACAGACAGAUCGUUAUGACCGACGCAGUUAAGCCGAGUCUUGUUUGAUCUGAGACCUUGUGUUGUAUCAAAGAUUUCGCAGGAAAUUUUAAGUAACGACGAAAUUUUGCAGUUUAGAACAUAGUCGCUUUAAUGUGAUCUGAAUGUACCUGAUAUAAAAGGGCUUGUGGCAAAAUAAAACAAAACUUUAUACAAUGUCAUCAUUCGAUUUGCAUUAGAUAAUGGUACUUUAUACAAUGUCAUCAUUAGAUUUGCAAUAGAUAUUGGUACUUUAUACAAUGUCAUCAUUAGAUUUGCAAUAGAUAUUGGUACUAUACAUUGUCAUCAUUAGAUUUGCAAUAGAUAUUGGUACUAUAUAUACAAUGUCAUCAUAAGAUUUGCAAUAUAUUUUGGUACUUUGGACGCGUACUGUUUCGGAUAUAAAAGAUAUCGCGCUGUGUAUGUUUCCAACGAUGGUGAAUAUUUUUUUUUGCACUUAAUUUCAUUGAUAUAAGGAUAAGAAUACUGUGCGCAAUAUUCAAUAUGCAGACGUUAUAACACAGCGCUGUAUUGGUUACUUUUCAAUUACGUAUUUGACAUGCUGUCCAUGCCAACCUUUCUCUUGAUCUGUGCGCAUUUAUUUACUGAAUGUUGUUAACUUGUCAUUUGUUAUAUUAAUAUCGCUCUAGGAAAAUCGGGAUUGGCUCAUGUGCUUAAAGUGUCGUCCAAGAUUAUCCUGUACAAUCAGCACAGACUAAUCAGGGACGACACUUAACGUACAUGUAUUAAGCCCCGUUUUCACAGAACGUUGCUUAUAUCAUGAUGUAUUGAUAUACGUGUAUACAUUUUUCAUGGAGUGUUUAAUUGUUUCUUCAAUUGAUUGUUCAAAUUGUUAAUUAUUGUUAAUAUACAUUUUAAUUAUGUUGAUGUAUAUACAUGUAUAUGUUAAUAUAUUACGGUACUUGUCAAAUAUUGUUCGUCCAUGUUGUGUCAAAUAUUUAUUUGAAAAUAUGUUUACAUG